UUUAGGCGCCACGCCCACAUAAAUGUUGUAUUUAUGUCGCCCACGUGACUGUUUUCGCGCCACAUUCGCCUUACACAACAAAUGCAGAUCAGCUUGUGUAACUACAAAGGGUUGUGCAUUUGUCCAGCUAGUAGCCACCACAGUCGCCUUUUGUCGCAGUUGACGUCGUAAGAACAAAGAUAUGAUCCUGAUAAACUAAGUGUAUACAACAGUAAGUAUGGCUCCGGCAUCCAAGAAGUCCAACAAGAGGAAGCAUCUCUCAGAUACUCCAUCCAGUAGUGAUGAAGAUGACUUUGAGAAUCCUGAGUUUCUGCCUCGUAAAGCCAAGAAAAGAUCAUCCAGUAGGACCAGUCCAGCCUCUGCAAGGACGAAGACUUGUAGCAAGGACCUGAAGAAUGGAACUUCAGCAAAGCCUGUGGUCAAUGGCAAAAAUCAUGGAAAGAGGAAUGGUAAAAAGCAUGCAAAGGAUCAGGAAUCAAAUCUGUCUGAGGAUGAAACAGAUUCCGAUGGAGACGACCCAGACAGUACAUGCAGCCAGGGUGCUUCAAUGUCAAAACAAGAGUUGAAGCUUUCCAAGACAAAGAAAGUCGAAGAGAAAUCUGCAAAGCUUUCUGCAGAAGGUGAGAGUGGAAGAAGGAAAACAAGUGCAGUGACAAACAGGAAAACAAGCACAGCAGAUGUGACCCCCGGUAUCUCACGUAAGAAAAGGACAGAUUCAACGACUGAAGAAAAUGGUAAACUGCUUGACAAGAAAAAUGGGAAAAUGCAUGAAAAGAAACAGGCAUCACAGUUGUCUGGUGAUUCAGAUUCUGACCAAGACAACCCAGCCUCACAACUGGAGGAAGUAAAGAAAGGCCUCUCAGCUUUCAGAUACCAGAAAAGUCCAAAGACACCAAAGAUGUUAGCAGAAAGAAAAUCAACUGAACCAACAGCUUCAACAAGUAAGGGAACACCUGCGCAAAGGAAGAAGGCAGGUUCAGGUACUCCCGUCAUGGAAUGUCUAAAAGUCAAGGUGAAGAAAAGUUCUAGUUCUUCAAGGUCAUCAACAAAGGCAAGUGGAAAGAAAUCUUCAAACACAGGGUCUCCGUCAGGUGGCAAAAAGACAGGAGGGAAAGGGAAGACCAAAGGACAAGACAAGAAAGGGAAGGAGGCUAAAAGUCGUAAGGAACAGAAAAUGACCCAGCAGUAUGUGAAUUUGGAGGAAGGGGAUGUGUUGUUUGAGGUGACUCGGAGGAAGUCGAGCAGCAACAUCGUUCUCUCUCUCAACAGAGCUGCCAUGGGACUGAAUAACAAUGGGAAGGUGUAUGCAUCACCCCACGAGCCGUACCUGCGGACCUUGCGAUCCCUGGGCUUGUAUCGUACAGCCAGUCCGUUUGACAGACGAGUCACCGUCAUAGAGUGGCACCCCUCCCACCCCACUUUGGUAGCAGCUGGGUCCAAGGGUGGUGACAUCAUCUUGUGGAACUUCGAGAAAGUUGGCAUGGACUGCUUCAUUCAAGGGAUUGGUCCAGGUGGCUAUGUGUCUGCGCUGAAGUUCUCCCCCUGGAAUGAGAGCCAGGUAUACACAGCUCAGCUGGAUGGUACUGUCAACCUGCUGGACUUCAACGGCAGAAACAACAGGAACUUUCUAUCCACACACAGUUGGAGUAACUGGUACUGUGCAGCGGAUGUGAACACUCCACACAAGAUGCUGGUGGCAGGAGAGAGUCAGGGUCAUGUUGUCAUGAUGGACACAGAGGGAGAAAAGUUGUGGCAGCAUCGACUACACAAGUCAAAGGUGACCCAUGUGGAGUUCAACACCGGCUGUGAUUGGUUGCUGGUGACUGCAUCCACAGACAGGACAGUGAAACUGUGGGACAUCCGUAUGGUGGAGGGGAAGGGCAGCGCACUGUACACGCUGGAGCAUGACCAUCCUAUCAACAGUGCUUACUUCAGCCCCAAUGACCACUGCAAGCUGCUGACCACUGACCAGCACCACGACUUGCGAGUGUAUAGCGGACCAGACUGGGGCAGACUGGACACUGCCAUCUACCAUCCUCAUAGGUUCUUCCAGCAUCUCACACCUAUCAAGGCUUGCUGGCACCCCAUGUAUGACCUGGCAGUGGUGGGCAGGUAUCCAGAUAACAAGUCUCCCCACCAUGUUCCUGGGGAGGCAAACACCAUCGACAUCUUCAACAUCAACACAGGAGAGACGGUGUGUCAGCUACAGGACCAGGGGGCUCCGGGCAUCAAGUCGCUCAACAAGUUUAGUCCAAGUGGAGAGUCACUGGUCUCAGCAAUGGGCUACAACAUACUUAUCUGGCAGCGUAAGGAGAUUCUCCAGGACAAGCAGGAGAAACUGAUGGAGAAGAUGCAGGGGGAAGUGGCAGCACACCUGGAUACACCUGGCGUCACUAGGAGACAACGGCCAGGCCCACCUGCAGGCAAGAUGGCCGCCAAGAUCAAGAAGAAGCUUCAGGACCAGUGAUGUU